GACAGCCCAGAGGCCCGCGAGCCCGCUCUCGGCAGGUGGCCGAGGGACACCCUAGGAAGUGGCGAGCGCGAGCGCGGAGAGCUGCCAGCCGGCCCUUGGGGCCGCCCCCUUCGCCCGCCGGGGAAGGGAAGCCCGUGUUUCCCAGUUUCUCUCCUCUGACUGCGGUUCGCCGCUGAUUCUGGGGCUGGCAGGAGAGCAUCCCGACGCCAGGCUGCCUGCGUCUCUGCGCCCCUGCGAUGGCAGCCAUGCUCCUGAUGGCCAGACGCAAGGUGCCGGUAUCUUUUGAGGACGUGUCUCUGUACUUCACCAAGACAGAAUGGAAGCUUCUGGAUCUCAGACAAAGGAUGCUCUACAAGCGAGUGAUGCUGGAGAACUACCGCCACUUGGUGUCACUGGGGUUUUCAAGCAUCUGUUCCUUGCAUCAAGCCACAGAGAGCCCAGGACGUAGAGGCCCAGGACUUGGAGAAAUCGGGAAAGAGCUGGGGCAGGCUCCCCCACUGCACCCCUGCCUUCGGGGUUGCAGGAGAUCCUUUUGUUCUGUUUCUUCUUUUAGACUCUACAGAUUCCACCUCAGUCAUCUAACCCCACAGAAGGAGACUAGCUUCUUCCCCUUGGUUGUUUUUGACCCUUAUCAGGCAGAUCUGGGGUUCCCCGGGGAAGUUGUGGAUUCCUCAGUGGAGUCUGGCAUAAGGAACAGAGACAUCUGCUGUGUUUGAUGGUGAAACAGGGGGCUUUGGCUUUCAGGACACAGGCAGCCCUUCAGCUCUGUCUGCUUCUUGAUACUCCCUGAGGCCUUGCUCCAACUCUCUGUUCGUCCUUCAGGGUCUCCACACUGAUCCCCCAUUUCCCACAAGCCAGCCCGUCCUGCAGGCCAAAUAAUAACAUCAUUAUCCUCUUGGGCUGAAUCACCACCUACUUAAGAUUCACCGUGCAUGCCUGGCCCCUGUACGCUCAGAGCGCCUUGCUUCCUUAGAGGGACUCUGCCGUUUCUCUGGACCUUCCCAGUGGCACUUU